GGGGUCGGCCGGGACCCAGCCUCGGCGGCGGGGAGCGGUCCCCGGGACGCUGCACCUGACGUCGGGCUUUUAUUUAUUUUCUUUAAAUACAGCUGCCCCGGCUGGGUUUCAGGUGCAGACUCUGCCACAGGGUUAAGGUGGGGGCUUUGCGUUCAGAUCUGCGAUCCAGGCCCAGAGUCGGAGAGCGCUGUCUGGCGCGGUUUGCCGCUCCUACCUGGAGGUGGAAGAUCAAGAUGUUUUAAAGUUUCUUUUCGGUGACUGGAUGACGGUAUGGAAUCUUCCAGUCUCUUGCUGCAGGUGGAUGUUUCUGGCACAGAUGAAGCCUGAGGCCCUUUGCAGCUGUCAGAGGUCAGGAUAGUAAAGGUCUAAGCCUGGAUCUGCAACACGUGCUGGCUGCUCGGCACCAUGUCAGGAGGCCACACACCUUCUGUCAGUGGCCCCUUCUCAGCGCUGACUCCAAGCAUAUGGCCCCAGGAGAUCCUGGCCAAGUCCACCCAGAAGGAAGAGUCGGCAGAGCAGUCAGAGUUCUGCUAUGAUGAGUUUGGGUUCCGUGUGGACAAGGAAGCAAAGCCUGGGUCUGGCCCACUGCCAGGCGCGGCCCUGGUGGAGGACCCCCCGCAGAGGCUGCGGUGGCAGGCCCACCUGGAGUUCACGCACAACCACGACGUGGGUGACCUCACCUGGGACAAGAUUGCGGUGUCCCUGCCACGCUCCGAGAAGCUGCGCUCCCUGGUGCUGGCCGGCAUCCCGCACAGCAUGAGGCCACAGCUGUGGAUGCGGCUCUCCGGGGCCCUGCAGAAGAAGAGGAGCUCGGAGCUGUCCUACCGCGAGAUCGUGAAGAACAGCUCCAACGACGAGACCAUCGCUGCCAAGCAGUCUCACAGGGCCUUCUUGCGGGGUGACAUGGCCCCCCAACAGAUUGAGAAGGACCUGCUCCGCACCAUGCCCAGCAACGCCUGCUUUGCCAACGUGAACAGCAUCGGGGUGCCCCGGCUGCGCAGGAUCCUCCGGGCACUAGCCUGGCUUUACCCGGAGAUUGGCUACUGCCAGGGCACGGGCAUGGUAGCUGCCUGCCUCUUGCUGUUCCUGGAGGAGGAAGAUGCCUUCUGGAUGAUGUGCGCCAUCAUUGAGGACCUGCUUCCUGCCUCCUACUUCAGCACCACGCUGCUGGGUGUCCAGACGGACCAGCGGGUCCUGCGCCAGCUCAUCGUGCAGUACCUGCCUCGCCUGGACAAGCUGCUGCAGGAGCACGACAUAGAGCUGUCCCUGAUCACCCUGCACUGGUUCCUCACGGCCUUCGCCAGCGUCGUGCAUGUCGAGCUGCUGCUGCGCAUCUGGGACCUGUUCUUCUACGAGGGCUCCCGGGUACUCUUCCAGACGGCGCUGGGCAUGCUGCGCCUCAAGGAGGAGGAGCUGAUCCAGUCGGAGAACUCAGCAUCCAUCUUCAACACGCUGUCGGACAUCCCGACGCAGAUCAGGGAUGCGGAGCUGCUGCUGGGGACGGCCAUGCAGCUGGCCGGCUCCCUCUCGGACGUGGCUGUGGAGACCCAGCGCCGCAAGCACCUGGCUUACCUCAUUGCAGACCAGGGCCAGCUUUUGGGGACCAGUGCUGCCACCACCACCCUUUCUCAGGUGGUUCGGCGCAGGACGCAGCGGAGGAAGUCCACCAUCUCCUCUCUGCUGUUCGGUGGCUUUCUGUGCCCCCUAGGGGAGGAUGACCUGGAGGCCCUCAAGGCCAAGAACGUGAAGCAGACGGAGCUGGUGGCCAGCCUCCGAGAAGCCAUCCUGCGUGUGGCACGCCAUUUCCAGUGCACAGACCCUAAAAACUGUAGCGUGGAGCUGACUCCAGACUACAGCAUGGAGAGCCACCAGCGGGACCAUGAGAACUACGUGGCCUGUUCACGCAGCCACCGGCGCCGGGCCAAGGCCCUCCUGGACUUUGAGCGACACGAUGACGACGAGCUGGGCUUCCGCAAGAACGACAUCAUCACGGCGCCUGAGCCCCGUCCUGCUGCUCCCGUGCAGAUCGUGUCUCAGAAGGACGAGCACUGCUGGGUGGGCGAGCUGAACGGCCUGCGGGGCUGGUUUCCAGCCAAGUUCGUGGAAGUCCUGGAUGAACGGAGCAAAGAGUACUCCAUUGCGGGCGACGACUCUGUGACGGAGGGGGUCACAGACCUCGUGCGAGGGACCCUGUGCCCGGCCCUCAAGGCCCUGUUUGAACAUGGACUGAAGAAGCCGUCCCUGCUCGGAGGCGCGUGCCACCCCUGGCUGUUUAUUGAGGAGGCCGCAGGCCGGGAGGUCGAGAGAGACUUCAACUCCGUGUAUUCCCGCCUCGUGCUCUGCAAGACCUACAGGCUCGAUGAAGACGGCAAAGUCCUGACCCCAGAGGAGCUGCUGUACCGGGCCGUGCAGUCCGUGAACGUGACUCACGAUGCAGUCCACGCGCAGAUGGACGUCAAGCUCCGGUCACUGAUCUGUGUGGGCCUCAACCUUGUCCCCAGUGAGCAGGUGCUGCACCUGUGGCUGGAGGUCCUCUGCUCCAGCCUGGCCACCGUGGAGAAGUGGUACCAGCCCUGGUCCUUCCUGCGUAGCCCCGGCUGGGUCCAGAUCAAGUGUGAGCUCCGCGUCCUCUGCUGCUUCGCCUUCAGCCUCUCCCAGGACUGGGAGCUCCCUGCCAAGAGAGAGGAAGAGAAGCAGCCCCUGAAGGAGGGCGUUCAGGACAUGCUGGUGAAGCACCACCUCUUCAGCUGGGACAUCGACGGGUGACGGUCCUGCAGCCACUCCACUGUGCCCACACCUCAGAGCCCGCUGCCUCCCCCGGUGGCGCCUCCCUCAAAAGCAGUGGGGCGCGGGGAUGGCGCCGGUUCAGGGCUUCCCACUCCAGGCUCCCACUGCUGACUGUUGCUUGGGGCCAGCAUCCCCCUCCCCAGGAUGGGGUCAGGGCGAGGGCUUGGUCUUCCCUGGGUCCUUAAGCGAGUGCCAGCUGCCCACGACAGUUUGUACGAACCAAAAACCUGGAGAGGGUGGGGCCGCCCUGGUCGGUCUUUGCUCAGGAAGCGGGUGUCAAGGGGAUGUAAAUAAAUGCUUUGUGACAGCGCCUCGACCCCUGUUCAGCCAGGGCCACAAGCAGCAGCUGCCUUUCUGGAACAACAUGGCUCCUGUGGCCUAAGCCAGCCCCAUGGGAAGGCGGGAGUAGGGUCACCAAGUGGGCCCUGGCUGCAAGGGUGCCCCGGGGCCCCUGCCGCAACACCCCGCUUUCCAUGGAUGGAAUAAGAUGGGCUGACAAGUCA